AUGACGACGCUCAUCGCCAGCGGUGAUCUACUCCUGCUUCUAAACGACGAGCAGAGGAAGAGAAACCUUGUGGUCGUGGCCGCGCUGGCGGUAGUCGCUGUUGUCGGCGUAGUCGGCAACGGACUGGUGCUGGUGGUCUACAACCCUCGCUGGUCGGGAGCCCGUUUGUCGCCAGCCACAAUCUUCAUCCUGGUGAUGGCGGGUCUGGACCUGGGCAGCUGCUUGCUGAGCGUGCCUUACGAAAUGGCCGACCUCCUGCAGCCUUACGACUACGACAACAUACCUCUUUGCAGGGCCCACAGAUCCGUCACGACUCUGAUGAGCGAGGCACGUGGCAUGCUGCUGCUGUGUGUGGCCUGUGAUCGCUAUCUUCGGUUCUGCUCGCCACUUGUGUCCUACACAUCGACUCAAGCCAAGGUCGUUGUUGCCAUAGUGAUAGCCUUAAGCAUGGUCUUGGCCUGGCCGCAGGCCGUGCUGAACGGCCACAUCACCAUAGCAACGCACAAAGAUGGCGUUCUGGGGACAGACUGCGGGAUUCUCCCGACGGUGCCGGCCAAGUACUCUCUGUUCUACCACACUGUCAUCAGCUUCAUUUUCGCAGUGUGUUUCACGGCCUACGCCUCCUUUACGGUAGAAUCUUCUACGUUCUUUGGCGAAAGGAAAGACGUUAGCUACGAUAGUGCAACGAGCGAAGAAUUACCUUUGAACCCGGAUCAGGAUGCGGAACCCAGUUACGCGAUGCAUCAAAGAUGUUUUCGAGGUCUAGCAGUUGGUGACGACUCCAGAGAAAACUGCGAAGCACUGGUCAGAGAACACGUGACAACACGUGCUGAGGUCGAGCAUGCGCCGUUGGACUCGGAACUGAUUCACGCGAAUAUCCUGGAGUGCUCCCCCUUUUCUGACCGUGCUCGCACAUUUCAUCGAUACAAUCCAAUGCAGGAAAAUCAGAGACAGGCAUCGAUUUUGAACAAUAAUACAUCUGGCGAUAAAUCAACGACAGCGCAACCAACCGCCAGGAAUAAUGACCGCCCACAAGCACUUGCGCGUGAUUCGACUUCCGGCAUUCGCCGUCACGGGGGGAGGCGACUGUGUUUGAGCAAAACAACUCUGAUGUUGGCAACGGUGACGUUAGCCACGGUCCUGGGUUACGUCCCUUACCUUACGGUCGUCAUUUUGAGAACCGCGGGGAUCCGCUUCGUGCGGGACACUUCGUCCACCGGCGAUGUCGUCUACAUGUUCUGCAUAAGGUCUUAUUUCCUCAGCAACUUCGUCAACCCCAUCGUCUACUACUUUGUGAAUAGUAAGUUCAAGAUGAAGCUGCAUGCGGUGCUGCGUCGUGUCUGCUGCUGUUGCUGCAGCUCAUCUCCCAGCAAAGAGAAUCAACAGCCGGACGUGGCAGCAUCCAAGCUCAACAUUUUCGCCGUGAUCCCCAAGAUCCCAGGAUCCCCAGGAUCGCUCAAUGGGGAAGCGGUCGCUUUAGAUGAUGUCGACGGAAAACUAACCGGUGUUUCCGGGAUUUUGUGUGAUCGAAGAGAAGUGACUGGACUUCGACAUCGCCGACUGCUUCAGUGCGUCACACUGUGCGUCUGUGUCUUGGUAACGUGUUGCGGACGUAACAAGGAGACGUAUGGACGGUUCUCAUCGCCGGGAUCGUCACAACGACGUCUGGGCGACAGUAACAUGGCCGCCGCCUCUUCUCGCGGGCCGUUCACCAUGCCUGGUUUCGACUCCCUGUCGGUGUCGGCCGCGGACGCCCGUGACGAGCAGAUGGCCGACACUGGACCAGACGACAACGUCACCGCCAUCUUAGAAAAGUUGUCGUCAGAGCGGCGGGUGUUCAACCUGCCGAUCAUCGUCUUCCUCGUUUUCCUGGCCGCUUUCGGGCUGGCCGGCAAUGUGUGUGUGUUGCAUGUGUACAGGACGCGUUUCCGCAAGACUGCUGGGAGCUUUUUUAUUAUGACUCUUGCCAUCUUGGACCUCCUGGGCUGCGCACUCAGCGUGCCCUUUGACAUCUUUGACCUGUAUUUCCCAUACACCAACGCGAUCCCCGUGGCCUGCAAGAUUUUCAGGUUCAUCGAAUAUUACACGACCAUGGCGGCCGGCCUGACGUUGACCUGUGUGGCCUUCUCCCGCUACUUCAAGAUCGUCAACCCUCUGCACUGCUACUCCGCAGGACAGGCUCGCUCGCUGGUCAUCGUCACCAUCACGGUGGCGCUCAGCGUGGUGUGGCCGCAGUUGGUGCUCAGCGGCACCCGCACAGUGCCCACCCGGGUACUCGGGGUGCUGGGGCAGGCCUGCGACGUCUCGGACGGCGCGGCGGGAACGGUGUACCCUCUGAUCUUCCACUCCGUCCUUUUGGCUGUUUUCUUCCUCUGCUUCUCCAUCAUGAUCGUCUUCUACUCCCGCAUCCUGUGCGUCGUGUGGAAGCGCAGUCGCACGCAGAUCGGCGAGCACGUGCCCAACGCUCGACAUGGGGCUCAUGGGAGGAGGAGAAGGGGUUCAAGCUUUAGGACUUCGGGUGGCCCAGCCCAGAUUUCCAGGAGACAAUCGUCAGAGUUGAACAACUGCAGCGGCGGUAACGCCGCCCAGUCGCCGAUCAGCCGUGGGCGGGGGUCAGACAGCUCGCUCAGCUCCUCCCAAACCUCCAUCAGCACCAUCUACAGACCCACGCGCCAGACGCACCAGGGUGGCCGCCGGAAGUCGUUGUACCGGCGGAAGAGACAAGUGUCGCUCAGCAGCCUGGGUCGCACCACCCGCAUGCUGGGCCUCGUCACGGCCAUGGCACUGCUGAGUUAUGUCCCUUUCUUAACCGUGCAGGUGGUGGCGCUGACUGGAGUAGGGUUCCAGACCGACGCCAUGACCAGCUACUCCGAGCAGCUGGCCUUCCAGUUCUGCCUCAAGUCGCACUUUCUGUCCAGCGCCGCUAACCCCCUGAUCUACUCCAUCCUGAGUCCAAAUUUUCGGAAGGAGAGCAUGGUAGCUCUCAAGUGCCUUCUCUCCUGGGUGAUUCGUCCCGGACCAUGAAGUUGGCAAAAGAUCUUCUACCGGAAGUAGAUUAAUUCAAACGUGCUGGCUUCACUCGGAUGUCAAUCCGAGAAAGCAUUCGACUGGAGAGUGACUCUCGUUCAUCAAUGCGGGAACGAAGUCAGCACCAGUAUUCUUGGAAUGAACAAAUGUGGGCUUGUCGAGAUCAGUCUCAUUCUGCCCUCGCUAACCAUCGAGAACUGUGCCUGGGGUAAAUCAACCUCAGGACCGGACAUCAGGGCUCUUUAGGUGGAAAUAUAUCCAAACAUGAAGCUCAACAAGGAACUUACAAGUACCAGUCGUCUCUUAACCUGUCACCCCGCCACCACUACCCCGGGUACAGGUUAUGGAAUGGCAAGGCCGCUACUAAGAACUCAAUUUGCCUGCCAUAGAUCACGAAAUAAUUGCAUUUACCAUUGCCAAUACAGAACUUUAAGCAUCGCAGGAUGUUGAUGGUUGGCAUGUCAGAAUGUUCACGUUUUUCAUGUAAACAUGCCUGUCGUUAUAAAACGUGUUCAUACUUGCUAGGGCAGAAAGGUUGUUUCCAUCUCAGAAUGUCUUUGUGUUCAUUUUUCUGAUGGCAGUGUUCUUGUUUAGCAUAUCAGUGUUCUUGUUUGCCACCCCAUAUUUGCCAUGUCGGGAUGUUCAUAUCCGACUGCAGUACUACUCAAAGUAGGGCAUUGGAAGCUUUUACAGUACUUACCAGUUAUCUCUUCCUUUUCCAGAUUUCUACAGUCCUUUCGUAUCCCAUCCCCGGCAAAAGGUUGAGUAUAAAACUGUUAGAGAUCGUCAAGGUUUCCCACCUUUCGCGUUACACAUCUCAAAAUCCAGAAUGACAUUGUUUACUUUAUUCAAACCUUUUAUUUUAUGCAAAUGGAGAUCCACAAGCAUAUUUGAAAAAUAACAUGUUUUAUUGUUCAGUUCGACGUCUAUUCUGUGAUGAAAAAGUGAGAUCUCAGUAUUUUGUCAAUGCAUUGUCCCAUCAGACUUUGAUAAACAUAUAUUUUCUUACCCAAUUUUAAUGUAGAUCCACUUAAAGCAAUUCCUAAAGUACUCCAACGGUGGCGGUUCUUGUCUUGUGUCCUGCAAGAAGUCUCUUAAGAAUAUUAUGGGUCUGAUAACCCUCGGAAAAAAAGCGGACAGACCGCCAAAGUUUUUCUUUGCUUGUUUUGUCUCAGGCUGUUAGAAAAAUGCCAUUUUGUUAUUCCCUGAAAAGAUCCAAUCAUCACCAUAAUUAAUAUUUUUUGUAUUGGUAUUUUGUCUAUUUUUAUUAUCUUAGUGUUGUUAAGGGUAAAUGUGAGACAAUGUGUUUUUUAAAAAAGUGAAAAUGCUUUUAAGAGACGUUUACAGAUCUCUUUCUUUCUCUCUUUGUGCGUGUGUGUGAAUUUUAACUUGAUGAAGUUCUUCACAUUGACAAAAUCUAUAGCCUAACUGAACACAAAUGUUCAUGAAGAAAGUUAUAUUAACUUUCUUUAUCAAAAAAAUGUCUUUCACGCAUUUUAACGUUUCUUCCAAUCGCGGCUUAGGUCAACAAUCAGCACGGUGCUUUAAUCUCCUGUUUCCAAACUUAAUCAAGAAGGUGCAAGAAGAUUACUGAAAAUCGUUCACAUUUUGGUCGUCAUUACAGUUCUUUAUUCCAUCCGCAGAUUUUCUGUAUCUACACGUAGACCUAUUUUGUAAACUUGCCUGAAAUGUAAAUUGUGGCAUUUUUAGCGAUUAACUACUAAAGUCGUCUGAUAUUUUUUGCCAAAUACAUAUUCCAAUGCAAAAUUUAACGAGAUAUCAAAACGUUUUUGCGAUUGGAAUUUUUAAUAUUUUAUUAUAUAUUUUCUAGGAUUUUUCGCUGAUUUAUCAAAUUUUUUGAUGUUAGAGCAUAGGUAUCUUCUAUCCAGAAAUAAAUGAGUAUGCAGUGAUUGAAAUCGAUCUCUCAGUCAGUUGCAUUGACUCCAUAGUUCAGAGUUUCUUGCUCAGCCAUGGAAGUAAAUGUGCAUGAUUUGUUUUACUACAACUUGACUGAACUAGGAAAGAAUCAAUAAGAUUUAAGAGUAUUUUUAUGUUUAUUGCUAAAAGCUACAUUAGUGACCAAAAUCUUGUGAUAUACCUUGUGUUGUGCCAAACAUAACAGCCGUGUCUGAAAAUUUUGACAAUAAAUGCGUUGUG